UCUCUCUCCUCAAUCGCAGGGCUGCGCUCACCGACUCGACACCACCGACAGGGAUGCAGCGAGGGCGCAGCGCAGCCUGAAAAAUGGCACCACCACGCGUCCUGUGGAUCUAUCCAUCCUUUUCCCUCCUGUCCUGCCUGCUUCUACUUUUUCAAACCUUGUCGCCGUGUCGAGCUUUACGGAAUUACCCGGAGAAUGAAGUUACACUGCUGGACUCCAUGUCAGCCUUGGCCGACCUGGGAUGGGAGGCUUACCCGAAUGAAGGGUGGGAGGAGAUCAGCGUAAUGGAUGAGAGGAACACCCCGAUGAGGACCUACCAGGUGUGUAACGUCAUGGAGGCCAACCAGAACAACUGGCUGAGGACGCGCCACAUCAGCCGAGAAGGAGCCCAGAGAGUCUACAUCGAGAUCAAGUUCACCCUUAGGGACUGCAACAGCCUGCCAGGGGUCCCAGGAACCUGCAAAGAGACAUUCAACAUGUACUACUAUGAGUCCAACAAUGCAAACCUGUGGUUCAUCAAGGAGAGCCAGUACGUCAAGAUUGAUACUAUCGCUGCAGAUGAGAGUUUUACACAGGUGGAUGUUGGCGACCGUGUGAUGAAGCUGAACACAGAGGUGCGGGACAUCAGCAACCUGAGUAAAAAAGGUUUCUACCUGGCCUUCCAGGACCUUGGUGCCUGUAUCGCCCUGGUCUCUGUCAGGGUCUUCUACAAGAAGUGUCCCCUCACUGUGCUUAACUUGGCCCAGUUCCCUGAUACGAUCACAGGCGGAGACACGGCACUGGUGGAGGUCCACGGUGCGUGUGUUAACGCCUCGGAGGAGUUUGAGGCUCCAAAGAUGUACUGCAGUGCAGACGGAGGCUGGCUGGUUCCCAUCGGGAGGUGUGUGUGCAAACCCGGCUUUGAGGAGAACAAGGACGUCUGCCAACCCUGCAGACCUGGUACCUACAAAGCUUCGGCCACAGAUGCGUACUGCACCAAAUGUCCUCCUCACAGCUCGUCCUCGCAGGAACAAGCCGUCGAAUGUGUCUGUGAGAAAGCUUUCUACCGAGCUGAGACCGACCCACGCUCCAUGGCCUGCACACGUCCUCCGUCUGCUCCAGAGAACCCGAUCUCCACUGUGAACGAGACCUGCGUCAUGUUGGAGUGGUCCCCACCCAGAGACACAGGAGGCCGAGGAGAUAUCACCUACAGCCUCCACUGCAGGAAGUGCUCCGGAGACGGCAGGAAGUGCACGCCCUGUGGCAGCAGCGUUCAUUUUGUUCCCAGACAAUUUGGUCUCAUGUCGGCCUCGGUGCUGGUCACCGACCUGCAGCCGGAUUCAAACUACAGCUUCACUGUCGAGAGCCAAAACGGCGUGUCGGACCUAAGUCCCACACCAAGAGGAACUGUCGUCAUCAAUAUCACGACAUCACAGACAGUGAGUGUGGUGUUGAAGGAGAGGCGGAGCAAGGACAGCGUGACCUUGGCCUGGCAGGGUCCAGAGAGACCCAACGGAGUGAUCGUGGAGUAUGAGGUCAUCUACUACGAGAAGAAUCAGCGGGAGCAGAACUACACCGUGUUGAAGACUCGCUCCAACAUGAUGACAGUGGACGGGCUGAAGCCGGGGACCACCUACGUGUUCCGGGUCAGGGCUCGAACAGAUGGGGGCUACGGGAGCUACGGAGGAGAGAUCGAACUGGAAACCAGCCACGAAGAUGUUUUUGCUAUCGGGGACCCAAACCAGUCCACCAUUCUGGCUGUUUCCAUCGCUGGGGGAAUCGUUCUCCUAGUCUUCCUUGUGACUUGCUUCGUUGUCAGCGGAAGGCACUGUGGAUACAUUAAAGCCAAGCAGGACCCUGAUGAAGAGAAGAUGCAGUUCCAACAUGGACGAGUGAAGCUUCCAGGCAGCAGGACCUACAUCCAUCCUCACACCUACGAAGACCCCAACCAGGCUGUCAGGGACUUUGCCAAAGAGAUCGAUGCUUCCAAUAUUCGCAUAGAGAGAGUCAUCGGAGCUGGAGAGUUUGGGGAGGUGUGCAGUGGUCGACUGCGUGUUCAGGGAAAGAGGGAGAUAUACGUGGCCAUCAAAAGUCUGAAGGCGGGAUACUCGGACAAACAGAGGCGGGACUUCCUGUCUGAGGCCUCCAUCAUGGGACAGUUUGAUCACCCCAACAUCAUCCGGCUGGAGGGAGUUGUCACGAGAUGUAAGCCGGUGAUGAUCAUAACCGAGUUCAUGGAAAACGGAUCUCUGGACACUUUCCUCAAGAAACAUGACGGCCAGUUCACAGUGAUCCAGCUGGUCGGCAUGCUGCGUGGCAUCGCCUCAGGUAUGAAGUACUUGUCGGACAUGAGCUACGUUCACAGAGACCUGGCAGCUCGAAACAUCCUGGUCAACAGCAACCUGGUGUGUAAGGUGUCAGACUUUGGCCUGAGUCGUGUUCUGGAGGACGACCCAGAGGCUGCGUACACUACGAGGGGAGGAAAGAUCCCCAUCAGAUGGACAGCUCCAGAGGCAAUAGCCUACAGGAAGUUCACCUCAGCCAGCGAUGUGUGGAGCUACGGUAUCGUCAUGUGGGAGGUGAUUUCAUACGGAGAGAGACCUUACUGGGAGAUGUCCAACCAGGAUGUCAUCAAAGCAAUAGAUGAGGGCUACCGUCUGCCCGCGCCGAUGGACUGUCCCGUGGUGUUGCAUCAGCUCAUGCUGGACUGCUGGGAAAAGGGACGCAGCGAGAGGCCAAAGUUUGGACAGAUUGUCGGAAUCCUGGACAAGCUCAUCAGAAACCCAGCCAGCCUCAGAGAGCUGGCUAACAGCUCAGCAUGCAGGGAGGACCCGUCCACCCCAGAGUUGAGUGUGAGCACAGUGGACGAGUGGUUGGAGGCCAUCAAGAUGGGCCAGUAUAAGGAGAAUUUUGCCAGUGCUGGAUAUGUCAGCUUGGACUCAAUCCUCUACAUCAGUGUCAGUGAAUUGGCUAAAAUGGGUGUAAAUCUGGCCGGCCAUCAGAAGAAGAUUUUGUCCAGUGUGCAGAGCCUGCAGACCCAGGGGACGCACAUCCAAGUAUAACAGUUUCCACAUAAACACACGGUGGGACAGAGCCAAAAUGGAUGCUCCUGUGAAGAGUUUCCCCUCUGAAAUGGAGUUUUAAUGGAUACUCUGUACUCUGGCCUGACUUUGAUUUUGACACACACUCAGAUGGAGACAACAUAGACGCUUGACUCCUUCACUACUUUCUCGCAGUUUCACCAUUCUUCCCAUCCUUGAUUCGAUGGGCACUACCGGCUUCAGCACUCAGAAUCCCAGCAACACAGCCACCAUUACGACGCAACAAAGCCCCGACCAUUUCACAUCAUAUGAGCUCAAGAAAAAAAAAAGAUUUUUAACUAAUGAAAUGACAAAAAAGUAAUAAGAAUAUAAUUAUCAUCACUGUCUGUGAAGUGUACAGUUGGUUUUUACUGUCAUUUUGUUUCCAUUUCUAAUUUUCACCUUGAAGAGUUUAAAAAGGGUCAGAGGAUAUGUAUAUGUGUAGAUAUAUGUUUAUAUGGGCUGUGUGUCCCACAACCGUAGAGAUGGACCUAACGUUUGUAUUGUUGGUGAGGUUUGUUUAACGCUCAACCUAAAAAGGAGUUAUUACCCAGUACAUGUGGCCCCUUUAGAUGCUCUCUAGAUACAGAGAGCCAAUGAAUGAGCCAGAGUCUGGUUGACAUGAAUGUGUGGCGUGAGGGGAACAGGAAAAUGGACCUUUAGAGAUAGACAGGGAUGUAGAUUUUGCUAGCUUUGCUUGCUAUAUUUGACCAGGACAAGGGCUUCCCGAGCCACUACAGUCAGACACACUUCCACAGCAACCCUAGUGCACGUUAUGCUAGUCUGCUUGCACUUCAGUUUUAACAGAGUGCACAGAAACAGCACAAUAGACUUUUAAUCUUCCAUAACUGACUGUCUUUACAAAGCAGCAUUUACUAAAUCAGCUGUUGCAGUAUGAUGUUGUUGGGGAUUUUAAAACCCUAGAGUUUGCCUUCCUAUGUUUCAGGUGUGUUAAGAAAGUUCAGGUGUUUUGCGUAGAGCAAAGGCGGUGCCAGAGAGGUACUAUUAAGAACAUGUAAAUUGGUUUUCCAGUGUUGUGCCAUGUACAAUUACCUUGACAUGUUGGGCAGUAUUAAAAGUCUUACUAUGCUCUUUCCUUUUAUCCAUUCCUAAGGCUUGGAUGUAACACAAGACCAGUCGUAGUGAUCACAGUAUUUUUCCCAAAUAGUCUGCUUCAUGAAAAGGAGCAUCGGAAUGGACCCUUUUUGCCAAGAUGAAAUAUACAGUGUUGAUUUUCAGAUGGUUAAAUUUCACUUUUAAAAGAUAACUGAUGUGUAUUGUACUGUCUCACCUUCUUUUUAUCAGUCAUGCAAACCUAUUUCAAGCAUCCUUACUUUCAAACAGGUACCCAUGAGAUAUUUAGAAGAAAUGUUUACAGCAAAAAGCAAAUCCAUUGGUUUGUUUGUAUUCACUCGCUGCUUUUCACAUUAAUUACAGAGGUCGAAAUGAUGAAACCCUCUCUGUAAGCACUGCAUCAAUGGCACUGAACCUGCUUUAGUGUUUUUCUCAAACUCAGUUUUAAUAUAUGUGGUACUCUAUAGGACCAACGUGGCAUAUAGUACAGUAUAUAUGAUUGUAUUAUAGUGUAAAAUAUGUACAGUGUUGAUUUCCAAUGUUAGAAUGUUUGUAAUGAUAACGAUGAUGACUAUGAUGUACUUUUUUUGUGAAAAGUAAUUUCUGAAGAACUCGUUUAGGGGCGGGUCGAACAGGAGAAAAGUGAAGAGAGGUGAUUUGGUCUAAACAAAGGAAUGUAGCAUGGUGCAAAGCUUUGGCUUUGAUUGGCAGGUGACAGUGACUGCGGUUUAUACCAUAGGGUUAGAAUGAGUGGAAUGGACCUUUGUUACAGAUACUCUCAUUUGCAAACCUCUCCAGACCAGUGGUUACAUGCACUUUCUAAUCCUGCGUCAGACUACAACACAAACUGUAAAAAUGGAUAAAGGAAUGGAAAGAAGAAGUUGACCUUACAC